UCUAAGCGACGAGUUACCGCGACAGUCGAGAAGCAGCGAGUGCUUGCGCUUGGACUUCAGUGUCGGAGCAACUGGUCCACGUCGUAGAACCGCGGCAAAAAAGCACACCAAAGGAAUGUAAUCUCCGUACGAAUGACCGAUUUUCUACCCGUGUUCGACGCGCUACAAUUCAGACUUUCCUUCAUUACCCACGUAAUCACGGGAUAAGCGCGUAUCGGCAGCUGUUAAAACGCCUAAGGAGGUCGAAGACCAGGCUUCUGUAAUCGAUGGGUUGAGAACGCGAAAUUCGUGCUUUUCAGCUUUCUUCUUUUCUCGUAACCAAGGUGUAUAGCUUACCGAUGAGCCAUGCUGAAGGUAGUAGGAGCCUCUUGGCUGCAGACACGCAUCUCUACUUAUAUCCUCAUUGCCGUAGCUUUGCUAGGAAUUGGAGCUAUAAUUCUCGGUGAAUUCGGACAUGUAGAACAAGAUGGAAUCUAUUCAGCCACUGUAUUAUGGAACCGUAAAGGGGGAUACCGCAUUGACUUUUGGGGCCAAGGCAAUGAUUUAACUGCCGUGCCAUUGCACGCAGCUCGAGCUUAUUACAAAACUGGAAUUUUCGAGCACGGAUGGUCCUAUAUUGAGAUAGAAACAUCAUCAAAAUAUCCAGAUACGGUACAAGCUUAUGCUGCUGGAUUACUAGAAGGCAGUCUGACUUGGCAACUGAUUCAUCACCAUUGGUAUAAUACCAUAAGACCAAAAUGUGAAGCAAAACCUGCCGAGUGUCAAAAGUUAACGCGAUAUCUUCGUGACAACACGGCCAUAAUUCGUGAACGCGCUGAAUUGAUGGAAUCUAAUGAUCCUUUUUGGCAUAUGGUACGACUAUUUUACACACAAUUAGAUGGAUUGGAAGCUGGUUGGAAAUUUGCUGUACGUCGCAGUCGUGUGUCGGUAUCACUGGAAUCUGAACAUUUCCUUUGGCUCGCUUUGGCUUCAGAUUUAUCUGGUUUUCAACAAGUAUUCAAUAUUUCUGAUCAUCUAAUAAAUUCCAUGAUUUAUUUUAAAUCACUUCCAAGGGACAAUUCGGAACCCUUAAUUGCAAUUAGUCAUCAUACUGCAGCACCAUAUACUCAAAUGUUGAGACUUAUAAAAAAAUACACAUUUGGCUAUCAUGUGCUACCUAUGACAAAAACGGUCUCGCUAACUCCGGGUCGAUCAAUCGUAAUGUCAUCCUAUCCCGGAGCAUUAUCAUCUCGAGACGAAUUUUAUUUAAUAAAUGGAGAAAAUCGCGAAUUGGUUGUUAUUGGGACACCUUUAUUAGCAACGAAACGAAAUGAGUGGAGUUUUGUAUAUCCAGAAGAUCAUGUAAUGCUAACCAUAAGAUUAAUGGCAGCAAAUCGAUUAGCAACAAACAGUCAAUCUUGGUUUAACAUUAUGUCCCAUCAAAAUGGUGGUGCUUCUGCAUUGCAAUGGAUCAGCUUCGAACCACGUUCUAUGACCGUAUUAUUAGUAGAACAAUUACCAAGCAUCACUGUUGCUAUGAAUUACACUGAGGAGUUCAAAAAAACUGGUUUGAUAACUUACGUUGGUAUAUCGAAUUUUCAAAACAUCGACGACAUUUUACGGCCUGCCAAAAAGGAUGUAAAUCUUUGGAAAACCCGUUUAACACAUUUACAAAAGAACAUUACUACAUUUGAACAGUUUCGAAACACGAUGCGUGGAUGCAGCCAGGAAAGUUGCGAAAAACAAAAUUCAAAAACAGAUAGAUUGCAAGAAUUGACGUACCGUGGAGAUCUAGAAGAUGUGCCUGUUCCAUAUGGUGUUAUAGACACAAAAAUCUUAACAAUUGAUGUGAAUGGUUUCGAAACUUUUGAAGCCAUUUCUGGACCAUCUACAUCACACUCGCGAUUACCAUUUAAGUGGUCGACAAGUUUUCCCAAUAUUUCACAUGUAGGACAUCCAGAUACGUUCGAUUUCGAAAGUAUUACUCCAAAAUGGAUUUGGAUCUAAUUAAUAUAAUUAAAAUUUUAUGUAAAACUGAUAUUUUUUUAAACUUUUUAAAAGUUUUUUUUUAAAUAUAGACGAUUUCCCAUCAAUUCUAUGCAGUCAUAUUU